AUAUAGAGAGUACUGUAAGAAUAUAACCAUCAAUACAAUUAAUAUGUGAAAUUAUGGAAUUGACAACAAUUUUACUCGCGUUUGCAACAAUUACCACAGUAAGUGGUACAAGUAAUAGAGCAGCUCGUAUACCACGCUUGGUUGGUGGCAAUGAAUAUUUCCUGAAUGCAAUGCAAGAUUUGGUAUUCGAAUUGGAGAAAUAUGGAUGGUGGAAUUUUAAAAUGUUAGAUGUCUCGCAGACACUAAACGAACAAAUGUAUAACUGGCAUGUGUCCGGUACAGUCAACUACACAAAUGGUUUCGUCGUCUCUAUAGAGAAGAUUGAUCUAUCCGAUAUUACCUCGCUGAUGACCAGUAGAACAGUUAACGAUACACAAGAAUGGCACGGCAGUGUCAGAGGUCAUGUCAAUCUCAGAGAUGUACGCGUUGGUUUUGACGUCAUAGUCAAUUUAGAGGGACAACCAGAACAGAGAUAUACCGGAGUCUUUACUCACUCUUUGAUAAGGAUUCUUUGUACGAUCAGUAAGAACAUGAACGACAAACAAAAGACUGUGUCCGCGCAAACGGCUAACUUAAGCGCAGGCAGUGGCGUCCGAAUGAUUUAUCUUCCAGCAAAUCAUGUUACACAAGUCUUAUCUAGACGCUAUCUACCCCGUGACAACUGGGAUAGCGUAAGCAGUUGGUGUAGAGACAUUAUACAGCCAAGACUACAUAAAGUGGCUGAUAAAAUGCAAUAUCCAAGUGUCUGUUUUGCUUGCUAAUAUCAUCUUGAUAAAAUUUGUUUCUUUAGUGAAUUUUACUUUAUGUUUAAAAUUGUGCCAUCUAUCGUAAAAAUAAAGCACUACUAUGAAAUUGCAAAUUGUUUUUAACAAAUAGAAUCAUAACUAGAUGGCGCUUUUCAAAAUAAUUGAAGUAUUGCGCGAUGUUUGCAGAAAAAUCAAACACAAAUUGAAAUAUUCCAACUGUUAUGUUCGCUUUGCGCUAAAUUGAAUUACUGAUUUUGAUAUCAAAAAGUUCCAAACAAUUCUAAUCAUUUUAAAUAUUUUGCAAUUUACAAAUUCAAACAUUUAUACAUUUAUUAUGUUAAUGUCUAAACUUUAUAUAAAAUAGCUUUCUGUAAGAAAUACAUUCAGUAGAUUUAUUAUAUAAACAUGACAUCUAUUAUCAUUGAAAUAAACCUUAAUGCGAGAAAAAAUGAUUUUCAAUUAUAAUAAGAGAUGGCGCUGGCGAUGUCUUAAAGUAAAAACGCCAAUCUUCGUCUAAACCUGUCUUGUUUUCUUUUAGGCAAUAAACUACAAAAUCAUAAAACAAUAAAAGAAAUAUUUUAAUUUA